AUGUCUCUCAGAUUAUUAUUAUCUACUAAACAAUCUUUAAAAUCAAUAAAAUACUCCACUGUCAUACCGACAGCAGCAACAAUGAUGAAAUACCAACAAUUACGUGGUUUCCAUGAUACCCCAAACAAACAAAACACAACUAUUAAUAAUGUUAUACCCCAAGUUCCAACUCCAUCUUCAUCUAUUCCUUCCUCAUCUGCAUCAUCAUCAUCAUCAUCAUCACCAUUGGUAUCUCAACCACUUGGUUCAAAACUUUCAUCUACUGAAUAUUUAAAAGCAUUUGACAAUAAAGAAUUGAUGUCUUUUUUCAUGAUUGGUUUAUGUACUUUAAAUAAACCAAUUUUACAAUUAUGUAUUAAAUUAUUCCCUUAUGUUCCAAUGUUUCUUAUUAAAGCAUUAGUUUAUAGAAUUUAUUGUGGUGGUGAAACUAUUGAUGAAGUUCAAAAAACGGGUUUAAGAUUACAUGAAAGAGGUAUUAAUAACAUGAUGAUUUCUUUAACUAUUGAAGCAUGUGAUGGUAAUGAUAAUGUUGAUCCAAAUUAUAUUGUUGAAGAAACUGCUAAAAGUAUUGAAAAUAUUUUAGUUCCACAUACUAUUAAAAUGAUUAAUCAAGCUUCUAAUAUUAAUGAUAUUCCACCUGGUUAUGUUGCUAUUAAACCAACUGGUUUUGCUAAAGAUGCUGCUAAUGUUUUAAGAAAUUUUAAUACUACUAAAAAACAAGAAUUUGAAGAUUUAGUUGAAAAAGCCGCAGUUGUUUGUCAAACUAUUUAUGAAUCAAAUAUUAAAUUAGCUAAAGAAUAUCCAGAAAGAUGUUCUCCAUUUGUUGUUGCUGUUGUUGAUGCUGAAAAAUAUGAAUUACAAGAAGGUGUUUAUGAAUUACAAAGAAGAUUAUAUUCUAAAUUUAACAAAUUGAAUAAUCCAGUUUCUAUUGUUGGUACUUUACAAAUGUAUUUAACUGAUUCUUCUAAAUUAUUGGCUAAAGAAGAAGAAUUGGCAAAUAAAAAUGGUUAUAGAUUAGGUUUGAAAUUGGUUCGUGGUGCUUAUAUUCAUUCUGAAAAAAAUAGAUCAACUGUUAUUCAUAAAACUAAACAAGAUACUGAUAACAACUAUAAUAAUGGUAUUACUUAUUGUAUUGAUUCAAUUUUAAAACAAGAAUCUAAUGAAUCUACUAUUGGUCAUUUAGUUGUUGCUUCUCAUAAUGGUGAAAGUUUAAGAUUGGCUAGUGGUAAAGUUUAUAAUGAUGAAAAUAAACUUAACAAGAAUAAAACUAAUGUUGUCUUGGGUCAAUUAUUAGGAAUGGCUGAUUCUGUUACUUAUGAUUUAAUUGAAAAUAACAAAAUUGGUAACGUUAUUAAAUAUGUUGCUUGGGGUCCACCAUUAGAAACAAAAGAAUAUUUGUUGAGAAGAUUAGAAGAAAACGGUGAUGCUGUUAAAAAUGACAAUGGCUGGCCAUUAGUUAAAGCUUCAUUUUCAAUGUUGAUGAAUAGAGUAUUGGGUAGAGCAUAA